UUAAUAGGGGUUCAGUAAAUGAUAGCUUCUUAAUAAAUGUUAGAACAACCCCAAAGCCUCUGACAUGCAUCCAGGGUACUUGGCUCCUGUGUAGCUUCUUUUAUCUCUUAUCUGUUGACCAAGAAGAACUAUUGAAGUUACAUAGUAAAUGCUCAGCAAAUUGUUGAAUGAACGAGAGGGCCUUGGUACUUUCUUUGCCCUGUUGCCUUAGACCAGUACUUCACAGUGUGAGUUUUACCCUAGGAGGUGUGAGUUUUACCCUAGGAGGUGUCCUGAGAGAUGCUUUGAGAAAACUGGCCAGUUAGAUUUGGGGAGUGCUGUAGAGUCUGCAGUGUGUAGUUUCUAGCCCUCUCUAGAGAUGAAUAGUGCCUAUCACUGUUCAGAGAAGCUUGGAAAAGUUGGGUAGAGAAGAAACCUCUCUAGCUUUUUAACCUUGGCAUUUUCCAAGUUCCUUUGACUAUAUAGGCAAUGAUAGUGAUAGUACUUCCAUGAGGCUCUGAUGAGGCUUCAAUGAGUUCACGUGUGAGAAGCACUUAGUGCUGGGCAGAGUGAGCACCACAGAGGGGCUGCUGUAACCAUGAUUGUUCAGUGCUUUUUAAUCUGCGGACUCUUCCGAAGUAUUGAGCCAUUCCCUACUGAUGGACAUUUAAGUUAUUUCCAGUGGUAUAUUGUUAUGGACAGUGCUGCAGGAUAUAAAACCCUUUUAUCCUGUGCAGAUAUUUCUGUGGGAGAGAUUUCUAGAAGUAAAAUCGCUGGGUCAAAGAAUAUGCACAUUUUAAAAUUUGAUAGAUCCUUCGGAAUUACCCUCCAAAAUCUAAUCAGCCAUUAUCUAACAGUUCAUUUGCCCAGUAAAGAGAUGAGAAGCUAUCUCCCCUCGUCAGGCAUGCACUGGAUCUCUCUCCCCUCUUGUGAAAUGAAAAUGGAAUGGAACACAAGGGCAAGUCACCUCUUUUCUGUCUUGCAGAGUCUGGCCACAGAUAAGGGACCAAAAUGACGGACUCAAAAUAUUUCACCACAACCAAGAAAGGGGAGAUCUUCGAGCUGAAGGCAGAGCUGAACAGUGACAAGAAGGAGAAGAAGAAGGAGGCAGUGAAGAAAGUGAUUGCAUCCAUGACCGUGGGCAAAGACGUCAGUGCCCUCUUCCCCGACGUGGUGAACUGUAUGCAGACGGACAACCUGGAGCUGAAGAAGCUGGUAUACCUGUACUUGAUGAACUAUGCCAAGAGUCAGCCCGACAUGGCCAUCAUGGCCGUCAACACCUUUGUGAAGGACUGUGAGGACCCCAACCCCCUGAUCCGGGCCCUGGCUGUGCGGACCAUGGGCUGCAUCCGCGUUGACAAGAUCACAGAGUACCUGUGUGAGCCACUCCGGAAGUGCCUGAAGGACGAGGACCCAUAUGUGCGCAAGACGGCGGCCGUGUGCGUGGCCAAGCUCCACGACAUCAAUGCCCAGCUGGUAGAGGACCAGGGCUUCCUGGAUACCCUUAAAGACCUCAUCUCUGAUUCUAACCCCAUGGUGGUGGCAAAUGCAGUGGCUGCCCUCUCGGAGAUCGCCGAGUCUCACCCCAGCAGCAACCUGCUCGACCUGAACCCACAGUCCAUUAACAAGCUGCUGACCGCCCUGAACGAGUGCACCGAGUGGGGCCAGAUCUUCAUCCUGGACUGCCUAGCCAACUACACACCCAAGGACGACCGGGAGGCCCAGAGCAUCUGUGAGCGGGUCACCCCCAGGCUCUCCCACGCCAACUCCGCUGUAGUGUUGUCUGCUGUGAAGGUGCUGAUGAAGUUCAUGGAGAUGUUGUCCAAGGACCUGGACUACUACGGCACGCUGCUCAAGAAGCUGGCCCCGCCCCUGGUCACACUGCUGUCAGCCGAGCCGGAGCUACAGUACGUAGCCCUGCGAAACAUCAAUCUCAUCGUGCAGAAAAGGGCCUGUGACUUGCUCUUUGCUCUUCGGGCAACCUCGCCCACCACCAGGCCUGAGAUCCUGAAGCACGAGAUGAAGGUGUUCUUUGUGAAGUACAAUGACCCCAUCUACGUGAAGCUGGAGAAGCUGGACAUCAUGAUCCGCCUGGCCUCCCAGGCCAACAUCGCCCAGGUGUUGGCGGAGCUGAAAGAGUAUGCGACAGAGGUGGAUGUGGACUUUGUACGGAAGGCUGUGCGAGCCAUUGGCCGUUGCGCCAUCAAGGUGGAGCAAUCUGCCGAGCGCUGCGUGAGCACGCUGCUCGAUCUCAUCCAGACCAAGGUCAACUACGUGGUCCAGGAAGCCAUAGUGGUCAUCAAGGACAUCUUCCGCAAGUACCCCAACAAGUAUGAGAGCGUGAUCGCCACGCUGUGUGAGAACCUGGACUCCCUGGACGAGCCUGAGGCCCGGGCCGCCAUGAUCUGGAUUGUGGGCGAGUACGCCGAGCGGAUAGACAACGCGGAUGAGCUGCUCGAGAGCUUCCUAGAGGGCUUCCAUGACGAGAGCACCCAGGUGCAGCUGCAGCUGCUGACAGCCAUCGUGAAACUCUUUCUGAAGAAGCCGACAGAGACUCAGGAGCUGGUGCAGCAGGUCCUCAGCUUGGCCACUCAGGACUCAGACAACCCGGACCUGCGAGACCGCGGCUACAUCUACUGGCGCCUGCUCUCCACGGACCCCGUGGCUGCCAAGGAGGUGGUGCUGGCGGAGAAGCCGCUCAUCUCGGAGGAGACAGACCUCAUCGAGCCCACGCUGCUGGACGAGCUCAUCUGCUACAUCGGCACCCUGGCCUCCGUCUACCACAAGCCGCCCAGCGCCUUUGUGGAGGGGGGCCGGGGUGUUGUGCACAAGAGCCUGCCGCCCCGCACUGCCUCGAGUGAGAGCACGGAGAGCCCGGAGACGGCCCCUGCUGGAGCGCCCCCUGGCGAGCAGCUGGAUGUCAUCCCCACCCAGGGUGACCUGCUGGGCGACCUCCUCAACCUGGACCUCGGCCCUCCAGUGAGUGGCCCACCCCUGGCCACCUCCUCGGUGCAGAUGGGAGCUGUGGACCUUCUCGGCAGCGGCCUCGACAGCCUGAUCGGGGCCCCCAACUUCGUGUCACCCCCAGCAGCAGCAGUACCAGCCAACCUAGGAGCACCCAUGGGCAGUGGCCUGAGUGACCUCUUUGACCUGACCAGUGGCGUGGGCACCUUAUCAGGAUCAUAUGUGGCUCCCAAAGCAGUCUGGCUCCCAGCUAUGAAGGCCAAAGGAUUGGAGAUCUCAGGCACCUUCACCCGCCAGGUGGGCUCCAUCUCCAUGGACCUGCAGCUGACCAACAAGGCCUUGCAGGUCAUGACCGACUUCGCCAUCCAGUUCAACCGCAACAGCUUUGGCCUGGCCCCCGCCGCCCCCCUCCAGGUCCAUGCGCCGCUCAGCCCCAACCAGACUGUGGAGAUCUCCCUGCCUCUCAACACGGUGGGCUCAGUCAUGAAGAUGGAGCCUCUGAACAACCUCCAGGUGGCUGUAAAGAACAACAUCGACGUCUUCUACUUCAGCACCUUGUACCCGCUGCACAUCCUCUUUGUGGAGGAUGGGAAGAUGGACCGGCAGAUGUUCCUGGCCACGUGGAAGGACAUUCCCAAUGAGAACGAAGCCCAGUUCCAGAUCAGAGACUGCCCCCUGAAUGCGGAGGCCGUGAGCAGUAGGCUGCAGAGCAGCAACAUCUUCACCGUCGCCAAGAGGAACGUGGAGGGCCAGGACAUGCUUUACCAGUCCCUCAAGCUGACCAAUGGCAUCUGGGUGCUGGCGGAGCUGCGCAUCCAGCCCGGCAACCCCAGCUUCAUGCUGUCCCUGAAGUGCCGAGCACCGGAGGUGUCCCAGCACGUGUACCAGGCCUACGAGACCAUCCUCAAGAACUGAGGCCCCAUCCAGCAUCUGCUCCAGCCUUCCACCAGCCGCGUCAAGGAGCCCCCUGGGAGGUAGCAGCACCUCCUUCUCCCGGGAGGGGCUGGGCAAGGCUCCUGGCACCCAUGGGCUUCCCUGGUCCUGACAGUAGGGCCUGCCCGGGUCCUCGGGAUACUCCCGUGCUUGAGACCCCCCCUCUUUCCAUUGCUGCUGACGUUUAGCGUCAGGUGAGGAGGGGACCAAAGGAGCCAGAGUGGCACAAGAGCUGGAUGGGGAGAUCCAGGGUUCUUCUCUUGCUUUUCCCGGCACCUGAGGACGAGCACGCAGUUCCCUCCUGAGUCUCCCAGCCCAGGAAGCCCCCUGCCCCAGGCUCUCUUGGUGGUGCCCUCCCCACCGCCCCUCUCCUGGGACGGGCCCUGGCAGGCGUCCUGGCGUAUGUGGAGGGUCCACUGGGUACCAGGAGAGCUGCUCUGUCAGGGCCUGGGGCUCCCAGGGCCUACAACCCCACCCUCCCGAGCACUGAGCCGCUCGGGGAAGACCAGGCAGAAGCUCCCAGAGCCCCUCCUGGGAUCCUGCUCCCCUGGCAGACACGCACGCCCGCUCCCCCUCUUGGCCGUGAGGAUGGUCUCUGCCUCUGAUACAUUCCUCGAUGUGCCCAGGGUUCCUGGAGCGGAGACAUGGCUGAGAGGUGGGGCAUGUGGGCGAGCGGGGUGCAUCCUGUCUGGGGUUUCUCCUUAGCAUCUGCUGCCCCCCUCCUGGCCUCCUUCAGUUGUGUCUGACAGAGCAUUAGGUUUUCCUGUUACUGCUGUUUAAUAAUAAAGAAAGAUUCUGCUUUUGGCAAUCACGGACACUUUUUUCCUCUUCCACCAAAUGUCAGAAUUAAAAACUGCUUCCAAGUGGUUGAGGAUGGUUUUCUUGAGCCCUGCAGUAACGAUGUCUAAUAUAUAUAAAUAGAGACUAUAUAUUGUAUGUUUACUCUUAUUUUCAAAAAGAGAAAAUGAAUAAAAA